CCCAGAGCAAAGUGCCAAAAAGUGAAGCCACGUAACUGCAGAGAACAAUCGAAACCCAUCCGUUCAUGUCGAGAGAUCUCGUACAAAUCGCUGGUAAUUAGUAUCAACGCAGGGAAAAAGAGAGUGAACAGGGAAGGGGUCCAUUUUGGGGCCCCUCUUAUGAGUGAAGGGGGCUUGGUACAAGCCGAGGCCAACGCUACUCGCCAAUGAGUGGGAUUCUAAGUUCAGUAGUCAGUCCGUACCGAGACCAGACAUGAGCUACGGUAUGAGCGCGAGUCUAUUGGGCCUGUUGGGCCUCAUAUCUACAGUCCUUGGCGCUGCCCUUCUCAAUGCACCUGCGUGUCCUGAACAGCAUGGCGUCCAAGCUUACGCUCAUCCCGAAGAUUGCGCUGCAUUCUUCCUCUGCACCAACGGAACGCUUACUCUGGAACACUGCGAAAACGGUCUUCUUUUCGAUGGACAUGGUGCCAUACAUAAUCAUUGCAACUACCACUGGGCAGUACAUUGCGGAGAACGCAAGGCUGACUUGACGCCCAUAAGCAGUCCAGGAUGCGAGCAUCAAUUUGGACUUUAUCCAGACAGUGAUUCAUGCAGCACCACCUACAUUAAAUGCACCUACGGAACUCCUCUUCAGGAACAUUGCACCCCUGGUCUUGCGUAUGAUCCUAAGAGUCAUACCUGCGUCUGGCCUGAUCAAUUACUUCCGUACUGUAAUCCUGAGGCUAUUGUUGGCUUCAAAUGUCCUCAGAAGAUUCCUGCUCGUACAGCUGCUGCUAAGUUCUGGCCAUUCCCCAGAUUCCCUGUACCUGGUGAUUGCGGCAGACUCAUCACCUGUGUAGAUGGUCAUCCGCGUCUUAUCACCUGCGGUGAGGGUAAACUUUUCGAUGCUGUUUCCCUAACCUGUUUGGAUCCCGAGGAAAUUCCUCACUGCGCCAAUCAUCUGUAAUAAAUAUUGGUCAGAAUGGAGGAUCUAGCAGUCUUAUCGAUGUCUUUAUCAAUCAGGAUUCUGUCCUCCUUUAUCGUAAAGACGUCUGUAAGAAUUUAAAAAAAAAAAAGAAAAACAUUUUCUAAUAGAUGAAAGCUGAGGGGUCUUUAGAGAGAU